UCUUCUAUGACAGCAUGAGCAGCGCCAUUGGGAGCAACUGUAUCUCCAUUUUGUAGUACAACAUUUCUUCUCAAUGGCCCAUCCCAUGGUAACACUGGUUUUGUUCCUAUUGCACCCUAUACCAACAUGUAUGGUUAUUAAGGACAUGUGAUUGCUCUUCAAACAGACAGCUUCAAAUAACAGUGGACAGGACAUUAACUUCGUUAAGUAUUUCUUCUAUACGACGAGAAACGGGGAAUUGACAGAGGACAGCACCAUGUGGAGGAGCCUGUCCAAAUAUGUCUGUGUCUUCUUCCUGCUGGCCCUGUCAGGCCUAUUUUUCCUGUUAAGCAACAUCAACGUUCUGGAGCAGAAUAUGAACUGCCAAACAGUGUCAACAUUAUACCAGCUCCAGAGCAGCAUCCACACAGCUUUCUUUUCAGAGGCCCCUUUUCCUCUGGACCGCAACCAUAGCUACUGUGGCCUCCUGGGCCAGGAGCCCUCACCCGAGGAGGCUCUGGAAGAGCGUUACCUCCUGGAGUCCAUCGCCUGGCCAGAGCCUACGCACCAUUCUGAGAGUGUGUCCCUGGACCACACCAGUGAUCCUGCACACAGCUUUUUUGUGAUCCUGCCAGCAAGGGGCAGGAGUGAGUGGUAUGUGGGAGACCAGCUGGAGGCUUUUGUCCAGAUGUACGAUUUUCAGGGGCAUCCCAAGAGCCAUGGUGGAGACUUCUUGCUGGCCCGACUGCACUCCUCUGAAUUGGAGGCAGGCGUAGCAGGACAGGUGCUGGACCACAGGAAUGGGACCUACUCUGCCAUUUUCCCAUUACUAUGGCAAGGUUCUGCACAGGUGGAGAUGACACUGGUUCAUCCAAGUGAGGCAGUUCAUGUUCUACGACGGUUACGAGAGGAACGGCCCGACCGGGUUUUCUUUAAGAGUCUCUUCCGCUCUGGAAAACUGUCCCAGACAACUGUAUGUAACUUGUGUCUGCCAACAAGCCAGAAGCCGCUGUGCAAUUACACAGACGCCCACACGGAGGAGCCCUGGUACUGCUACAAGCCCAAGCUGCUGAGUUGUGACACACGGAUCAACCAUGCAAAGGGAGGGUAUGUGAAAGGUCUGCUCACCAACAAAGAGGCAUUGCUCUUCCAGAGUGGUGUAAACAUCAAAGUUCACAUUCAUCCUUCAGGGUCUGACAGUGUCACUGUGCUGCCUGAGAAAAAAGACAAAGCAGACAUGGAGAGAAGCAGCAUGAAGAUGGAACCUACCAGAAUCACUCCUUCCGGGUAUUACUUCCAAGGGUCAUGGCGAGCGCUGACUGGUGGUGUAAUACGCCAGUUUAACGACUCGUCUGCCAUUACUCAGUGUCUGAAGGGCAAGGUGGUGUACAUGUACGGAGACUCUACUGCCAGACAGUGGUUUGAGUACCUCAACGACUUAUUACCAGAGCUGAAGCAGUUUAACCUUCACAGUCCUAAGAAUGUGGGGCCCAACAUGGCAGUGGACAGCACCCAUAAUAUCCUUCUGAGGUACCGUUGUCACGGUCCUCCAAUCCGCUUCACCAAUGUCAUUGCCAGUGAGAUGCGCUAUGUAGCUAACGAACUGGAUGGCCUGACUGGUGGGUCGAACACUGUGGUGUUUAUUAGCAUAUGGUCCCAUUUCAGCACCUUCCCUGUGCAGGUCUACAUUCGCCGACUACGCCACAUUCGGCGGGCGAUGGUGCGGCUUCUGGACCGGGCUCCGGGGACCAUGGUGGUGUUGCGUUCAGCCAACCUCCAGGCCCUGGACCCGGAGGUGAGCCUGUACAAUAGUGACUGGUACUCAUUGCAGCUGGACGGGGUGCUCAGGGCCAUGUUCAGGGGUCUGGAUAUCUUGCUGAUAGAUGCCUGGGAGAUGACCCUUGGCCACCACCUUCCCCAUGCCCUCCACCCUCCCCCCAUCAUCAUAAAGAACAUGAUAGAUAUUAUCCUCUCUCGGAUCUGCCCAUGAAGAGCUAACAGAUUCUGGGUUGGAUUCUGUAUCGCUUAAAUAUCACGGAAGAUCCACGUAAGAAGGAGGCGUUCAUUUCCGAUUGAUCUCACAUAUG